CUAAUACACAGUAACGUGGCAACAAGCGAGACAAGGGCCAUCAUCUUCCACGCCGCAUCCCACCUUUCGCUACCCAUUGCCGUUGUCUCCGGCGCGAUGGACACAUGAACCCCCCAUCACCAUAUCUGGAUUUUUUUGCCCCGAAUUAGCAUUUCCACAACAGCCCGCCCAUGAAGAUGCGGCUCGCGUGGUACGCAGGGGCCUCUACGGCUCUCGCGGCCGCCGUGGUCGCGUCUGCCUUUUACCAGCGUGCCAACUUCUACUCGGCCAUGGUGCAUCUCGCCCAGAGCAGCUUAUCCCUGAUGGUUCUGGUUAACCUCAUAUUCGUUGUCUACGGAUCCUUCAUGUACGGCCUCCAGCGACUCUGCUUUGGUCCCCUCCGACCCGCCGAAAUCGAACAGCUCUACGAGAAGGGUUGGUUCGCCGUCACCGAGACAUGCCUGGCCAUGACAAUCUUCCGCGACGAGGUGGGCGCCUUCUUCCUCGUCAUGUUUACGGCUCUCGUCACUGGCAAGGUUUGGGGUUGGAUUGGAGAUGGCCGUGUCGAAAUCCUCGAGCAACAACCGCCCGCGAACCCGCUCCUCUUCCACGCCCGCCUCAGCCUCUCGCUAUUUGUCAGCGUCGCCUACGACAUCUGGCUGCUCACCUACGCCGUUGACGCCGUGGUGCAGGAAGCUCGUCCCACUAUGAUGGUCAUGUUCCUGUUCGAGUUUGCCGUCCUGACCGUCACCUCCCUACACACGGUCGCCCGGUACGUCAUGUCGCUGGCAGAGCAGCGCGUUAUCAAGACCCAGACGCGCCAGCGCUUGGAGGAUAGGCGCCGCCAGAUCAGGGAGCAGCGUGCCGAGAUCCUGAGACGGAGAGAAGCCGAGGGGGCAACAGACGAAAACGAGGAGCUGCCGGAUGAGAACGAUGUUGAUGAGAUGGACAUCGAGGUACCUGGCUGGGAAGCAAAGGGACAGUGGGUCUUAUCGCUGGACUUGGUUGCAGACUUCAUCAAAUUCGGGAUAUACACGGCCUUCUUCUGCGUUCUUAUGAGCUUUUACGGCCUCCCCAUCCACAUCAUGAGAGAUUGGUUCAUGACGACGAGGUCCUUCCUCAAGAGACUCAAUGCCCUCUUCCGCUACCGCCAAGCCUUGAAGCACAUGGAGCAGUACCCCGACGCUACCGCUGAAGAGCUCGGCCGAGAGGAUACCUGCAUCAUUUGCAGAGAGGAAAUGCGCCCUUGGGAUCCCGCCGAUACCUCUCAUGUCGAGCGGAGCCGUGCGAAGAAACUCCCUUGUGGGCAUAUCUUGCACUUCGGCUGCCUCAAGAGCUGGUUGGAGCGGCAACAGGUGUGUCCGACGUGCCGGCGCCCGGUUGCCAGGGACGGACAGCAGCCGGCCGCUGGCGGCCCUGGGGUUCUUGGAAUCUUCCCUGCGGGCCAAAACCGCCAGCUUCAGCCGCCGGCGAACGGCCAGGCAGCCCCCGGUGGUGGCGGCCAACCUGCACAAGGAGGGCAAGGAGGGGGAGCGAAUAAUAAUGCGAAUCCGAACGUUAGGAUGUUCAAUCUCGGCCCUAUUAGGUUAGGCUUCGCUCAGGGCGGAGCCGACGAGAUCCGGGAAAUGGCACAACGGAUGCGGGUGCCCCCAGACGCCGUGAACCGGCCUGUGCCGACACCUACCGUCCCAGCACCGCAAGAACACGACAUGGGCUCGAACCCGGGUCUCGAUCAGCUUCGCGGGCAACUUUUGGCGCUAGGCCAACAAGUCCGGCAAGAGAUCAUCAAUACGCAUAAUGCAGCGCAUGAGGUACAGGUUUUGAGCCUUCUAAUGAACGAAAUCACCCGCCUCCGUCAAUUACAACAGCAGCCGCAAGACCAACAAGCAACACACCCAACCGCCCCAGGUACCCUCCUCGGUGGACAGGCACCUUUACAACAUCAACAACAUCAACAGCAGGGCUUAGUGAAUCCGUUUAUGCACCUGCCAAUGCAAGGGCCCCUUCAGGUCCCGAAUUCCCCGCACCUUGCGGCCGCUAGGCAACCGGCCUCCGUCACUAGACAUGUCGCUGCUGGGUACGGAGCGGCCAUCCCGGCGGGGAGUUCCGAAUUGCCAGACGGUGUUGUUAUCCCCCCGGGUUGGUCGUUGCUCCCCCUCCAGCGAAUGGAUGGUGAAGCACAGCCACCCGAGCCGUCACAUCCCCCCCCGGCAGCCGCACAAGACAUGCUGCGGUCUGUUUUUGCACACCAUCCUCGAUCCCGGGGUACCAGUCCCGCCCCCAGCAGUACCCUUUCUGCACAGCUUGGAAGGGCCGCCGCGCCAACAACAGGUAACAUUUCAGAAGCCUCUCGACGGCCGGGUUCACAGGGGGGCACAUUUCCAGACACAGGUGCCCGCAGGCAACCUCCGGUAGCGGCACCCAUUCCUCUAACACCAAACUGGGGGGGUUCCGCGCAGCUUUUUGGCGGCGACCGGGCACCUGGAUCCAUGUUUGGAUAUCAAGCCGAGCCACGCCAGGGCCCACAGGGCGAGCCUGUGGAAAGUAGCGGUGAUGGCUCGGUGGCGAACGCGUCCACGACAGUGAACGGGGUCGCUUCUGGGGAGAGGAGUGGUGAUCAACGGACAGAGGGGACCGAGGUGAACGGGAGUGCCGGCGAUAGACGGCCCAGGCCCGUGUCGGUAGAGGAGGCGGAUGAUGCCGAGGACGAGCGAUAGAUAUCUCCGCCCUUGGGUUAUGUCAGAACUUUGUGUGUUUUUUGAGUCUCUCGUAAAGCGAAGCACAGGACAACCGUGUACGGCGUUGGUUUAGGUUUGUAUUUUCUACAUGUAAUAUAUCCCAGGAACGAAGCUUGGUUGGGACGUUCGAGAUAUUCUGCGUAGAGGUGACAAUGGGAUGACUUGACCGAGAAGGCAACUUGAUGUCAUAUCCAAGGCGGGGAGAGCCACCUGCGUUCUUUCCAUUCAAAGGGUAGCCAAAGCGGUCGGCGCUGUGGUAGUCACGGCCAGGUCAGUAAAACACGGAAGGCAAACACGAUCUCCCCUGACCGGCGUGUCGCCGGCUCCUCGCAAUCCCAUCACAAACCUGCCUUACCCAUCCGAUUUGUUAAUGUAGAGACAGCAAUACCGUUGCCAGCUUCUUAACUAUCCAGUU